AUGGCGGUAACUCAGCGAAAGACAGGAAAGGUUGAAGCCAAUGGAACAGCACCAAAAGUCAAGCGUGAGGAAAACGAAAAAGAAGAAAGGAGCAACUUAGUUCUCUGGGUUUCUCCUGUGACUACGUUGUAUUAUUUUUUCUUGGAAUGUUUAUUCCGCCUUACCCAGUUGCGUUUUACCAUUGCGCGCAAUCGUCGCAUAUGCAGCUUCUUGCUAAUUACCUCGGCUGUUCUUUCUGUUUUGUAUUUCACACCUGGCCCGCACAAUGAAGUUUUUGGUGGUUUUGGCUGGGAUUUCUGUCAUCCUGUGGAUUUGNUGGAUUUGGGACUGGACUUCAUACAUUCGUUCUUUAUUUGGUUUGUUGAAAUACAUGUUUGUAUUGUCUUAAAGGGUCCUUUUAUUGCCGAAGUAACUAUGAGCGCGUACGAAUGUGGUACUCUCGAUUUCCCGAGUCCACCAUAUCCGGAUAGGAUAAUUUGCCCAGAAGGAGCCAACCCGGCGGCGCAUAUAACGUUCUGGAAGAUAAUGCGCAAGGUUCAAAUGGAAUCAAUUAUGUGGACAUUCGAACCCCACAAUUGUCUUGGGCCUUUUAAUGUAUUCUUAUCCAUUUCGUGUAUCGUCGCUUCUCCACCGUUCUCAUCAGGGUUNGGCGAGCUACCACCCUAUUUCAUGGCUAAGGGCGCGAGACUCUCCGACAGACACGACGAGGAUCUGGAAGAGUUGGAAAACAUUCUUGAAGCUGAAAAGGCUACUGCGUCCGCAGACCCAUCAGCAAAACAAAACCUAUCGUUCCAAAAACGUGUUGAGUUGCACGUCCAUCGAUUGAUAGUACGCGCUGGAUUCAUUGGAAUUCUACUGUGUGCAUCGAUCCCCAACCCCCUAUUUGACCUAGCGGGAAUGACUUGUGGUCAUUUUCUUGUUCCAUUCUGGUCGUUCUUUGGUGCAACCUUUAUUGGGAAAGCGCUGGUCAAAGUACAUCUGCAGCAGUUCACGGUAAUCGCGUUAAGCUCAGAACAUCAUGUUGAGUCUCUGGUCGGUCUUAUUGGUCGAAUUCCUGUCUACGGCCAACGACUACAGGCUCCGUUUUUGGAAUACCUGCAACAACAGAAAAUCAAUCUGCACAAUCCGGCUGCAUCCACACGUCAAAGUUGGCUGCAGACUGUUAUAAUGCUCGCGGUGUGUCUGUGCAUCUGCUCGUUUGUCGUAUCCAUCGUGAAUGCAUUUGCCAAGAACUAUCACAGGCGCCUCUGCAAAUGGCGGAAAAUGGCCAAUUCUUAG